GCAUUGCAACACAAUUUAAUAUAACACCUAAGCAAUUACGCAAGUGGAUUAAAAAAAAAAAUGAAUUAAAAAAUGUUCCAGCUUAUGUCAAACAGUUAAAUAUUGGUGCACGUCCUAAGUAUCCACUUUUAGAAGCUGAUCUUAAAAAUUGGAUUAAAUCUUUACGUUCACAACAAAAAAUUGUAUUACAACAAAUGAUUAGAACUAAAGCCAAACAGCUUGCAAAUCAAUCUCAUUUUGUUUCAAUAUAUCCAACAAUCAAUGAAUUCAAAUGGGUGAAAAGUGGGUAG